CCCUGCGUCACUCGUCUUCCCCUGCGUCACUCGUCUCCCCCCGCGUCCUCUUCCCGUCCUCCUCGCCGCCGCCCUCCUGCCCGCCAUCCUCCCAUCCUCCUCCUCGCCUCCACUCCUCAUGGCUCUAGGGAGCUGCACCUUGCCCCCACCUCACCUCACCUCGCCUCGUGCUCCACCUCCAGCACUCGGUGGCUAAAAAAGCUUCAAUUUUUUGACACAUCCGGUGGCGGAAGUGCCAGAUCCUGUGGCGGCGUUGUAGAUCCGGUGGCAGCGAAGCUCGAUCCGGUGGCGUGUCCUGGUGCUCCUCCUCACCGUGCAGGGACGGCGGUGGCGCUAGUGUUGCUGCCGAUCUGUUUUCUACAUUGGCUACAACCACUGUUAGUUCACUGAGUCUUAUUGCUUCCCGAUGAAUUUCUUCUUCCUCAUCCAGCAACAUCUCGUCUCCUGUUAAAUAAGGAGCAAAUGGUAUGUGCUGGUUACUGCUGCUGCUGGUGUAGCUGUUGCUGCUGGUGGUGAUGUUCAUGGGUGCUGCUGCUAUUUCUGGAGUGCUGCUGCUGCUGCUUCAAACUUUUGGAGAUGCUGCGAUCGACGGCCUGAACAACAAGACCCACAUGAAGAUCCUGCUCAAGUGGAUGUGGGGGAAGAGGAUCAUCAAGCUCUCCUGCACGCAGCUCGGCAACACCAAGAAAUCCUUUAACUGUGCUGUGGAGGAGAAGCACCAUGAGCCUAGAGCCUCGGCCCUGGAGUGCAGUGAAUUGCAGGGGCCGUGGGGCAGGGCGAGCAGGAGCUCCACUGACGGCAGGGGUAGAAGGAGCUCCGGCGAGCAGAGCCUGGAGUUCGAGCAGGAGGCAGGCGGGGAGGUGAUCCGGCGAGCAGAGCCUCCAGCUCGAGCGGGACCUUGAGGACGCAUGGGGGCAGGAGCUCCACCGGCGGCAGGGGGAGAAGGAUCUCUGGCAAGCAGAUCCUGGAGUGCAAGCAGAGUCUCGAGCUCGAGCAGCUUCAGGAGGGAGAUUUGAGGGGCGCCAGUAGGAGCUUGAGGGAAGCGAGCAGGAAGAGGAUGUGUUGGCGAGAUCCUGCCCCGGCGAGGUGCUGGGGAUCGUGAGAUCCUGCCCCGGCGAGGUGCUAAGGAUCGUUGAGGUGGAGGGAGCUUGAAGACAAAGUUUGAAAUGUACUAGACUAUAGUGUAAAACUGACAUUAGUGCAAAAAAAUCCUCUCCCGCGUCACUUAAUUCGGGACGGAGGGAGUAUUAUGAACCAAAGAGGCCAUACAAUACACGUUUCUUAAAUUUGGACGAGAGAAAUCACAAACAUUUCUCAAACCGGCAGAAAAAGUUUUCAUUGUA